ACAUCUGGUCUCUAGAUGUGCUUGGGGAGGAUGCCGGAGCCUGCCGGGCCGCCGGCGUCCCUUCUCCGCUUCUGCUGCCGAGGAGCCCGGCUGGCGGUUCUGGUGCUGCUCGCGCUGCCGGCGGCGGCCUGGGGUCAAUGCAGUGCCCCGGCAUGGCUUCCUUUUGCCAAGCCUACCCAACUAACUGAUGAGUCUGAGUUUCCUAUUGGGACAUCUCUGAAGUAUGAAUGCCGCCCUGGCUAUUACGGAAGACCUUUUUCCAUCACCUGCCUGAAAACCUUGGUCUGGACAGACGCUACAGACAAGUGCAGACGUAAAUCAUGUAACAGUCCUAAAGAUCCUGCGAAUGGCAUGGUGCAUGUAACCAAAGACAUUCAGUUUGGAUCCACAAUCAAUUUUUCUUGUAAUAAAGGAUUCCGUCUCGUUGGUUCCUCCUCUGCUGCAUGCAUCGUCUCGGGCAAUACUGUCACUUGGGAUGAUGAAACACCUAUUUGUCAGAAAAUUUCCUGUGAGCCACCCCCAGCCAUCGCCAAUGGAGAUUUGAUCAACAAGGGAGAAUAUUUUGAGUACGGAAUGGUGGUGACCUAUCGCUGCAAACGUGGGAAGAGAGGGGAAAAGGUGUUUGACCUCAUGGGUGAAGCCUCCAUAUACUGCACCAGCGAGGACGAUCAAGUCGGCGUCUGGAGCGGGCCUCCCCCUCAGUGCAUUAUACCUAAUAAGUGCACGCCUCCAGACGUGGAAAAUGGAAUCAUGGUAUCUGACAACAGAAGCUUGUUUUCCUUAAAUGAAGUUGUGGAGUUCAGGUGUCAGCCUGGCUUUGUCAUGAAGGGACCCGCCAGAGUGCAGUGCCAGGCCCUGAACAGAUGGGAGCCAGAGCUGCCCCACUGCUCCAGGGUAUGUCAGCCGCCUCCAGAAAUCCCACAUGGUGAGCAUACACCAAGUGACAAGGACAAGUUUUCGCCUGGACAGGAGGUGUUCUACAGCUGUGAGCCCGGCUAUGACCUCACAGGGGCUGCUUCUCUGCGCUGCACACCCCAGGGAGACUGGAGCCCGGGAGCCCCCACCUGUGCAGUGAAAUCCUGUGAUGACUUCCUGGACCAACUCCCUAAUGGCCGUGUGCUAGUUCCUCUUAAUCUCCAGCUUGGUGCAAAGGUGUCCUUCAUUUGUAAUGAAGGGUUUCAAUUAAAAGGCAGUUCCACUGGGCAUUGUGUCUUGGUUGGAAUGCAAAGCCUUUGGAAUAGCAGCGUUCCUGUUUGUGAACCAAUCUUUUGUCCAAGUCCUCCAGCUAUCCUUAAUGGGAGACACACAGGAAAACCUCUGGAAGUCUUUCCCUUUGGAAAAGCAGUAACUUACACAUGCGACCCCCACCCAGACAUGGGGACGACCUUCGACCUCAUUGGGGAGAGCACCAUCCGCUGCACAAGUGACCAGGAAGGGAACGGGAUUUGGAGCAGCCCCGCCCCUCGCUGUGGACUUCCGGGUCACUGUACAGUCCCGGAUCAUUUUCAGUUUGCUAAUUUGAGAACCCAAACCAACAAAUCUGACUUUCCCAUUGGGACAUCUUUAAUGUAUGAAUGCCGCCCUGAGUACUAUGGGAGGCCAUUCUCUAUCACGUGUCUAGAAAACCUGGUCUGGUCAAGUCCCAAAGAUGUCUGUAAACGUAGAUCAUGUAAAAGUCCUCCAGAUCCUGUGAAUGGCGUGGUGCAUGUGAUCACAGACAUUCAGUUUGGAUCCACAAUCAAUUAUUCUUGUAAUAAAGGGUACCGACUUAUUGGUCACUCAUCUGCUGAAUGUAUCCUUUUAGGCAGUACUGUUGAUUGGGGGACAAAGCCACCAAUUUGUCAACGUAUUCCUUGUAAGCCACCCCCAGCCAUCGCCAAUGGAGAUUUGAUCAACAAGGGAGAAUAUUUUGAGUACGGAAUGGUGGUGACCUAUCGCUGCAAACGUGGGAAGAGAGGGGAAAAGGUGUUUGACCUCGUGGGUGAAGCCUCCAUAUACUGCACCAGCGAGGACGAUCAAGUCGGCGUCUGGAGCGGGCCUCCCCCUCAGUGCAUUAUACCUAAUAAGUGCACGCCUCCAGACGUGGAAAAUGGAAUCAUAGUAUCUGACAACAGAAGCUUGUUUUCCUUAAAUGAAGUUGUGGAGUUCAGGUGUCAGCCUGGCUUUGUCAUGAAGGGACCCGCCAGAGUGCAGUGCCAGGCCCUGAACAGAUGGGAGCCAGAGCUGCCCCGCUGCUCCAGGGUGUGUCCACCACCUCCAAAAAUCCUGCAUGGUAAGCACACCUCAAGUGACAAGGACAAGUUUUCGCCUGGACAGGAGGUGUUCUACAGCUGUGAGCCCGGCUAUGACCUCACAGGGGCUGCUUCUCUGCGCUGCACACCCCAGGGAGACUGGAGCCCGGGAGCCCCCACCUGUGCAGUGAAAUCCUGUGAUGACUUCCUGGACCAACUCCCUAAUGGCCGUGUGCUAGUUCCUCUUAAUCUCCAGCUUGGGGCGAAGGUGUCCUUCAUUUGUAAUGAAGGGUUCCGUUUAAAGGGCAGUUCCACUAGUCAUUGUGUGCUGGCUGGAAUGAGAAGCCUUUGGAAUAACAGUGUUCCUGCGUGUGAACAAAUCUUUUGUCGAAAUCCUCCCGCCAUCCUUCAUGGGAGACACACAGGCACUCCUCUGAGAGAUAUUCCCUAUGGAGAAGAAAUAUCCUACACGUGUGACCGCCACCCAGAUACAGGGGUGACCUUCGACCUCAUCGGAGCAAGCACCAUCCGCUGCACAAGUGACAGUCGAGGGAAUGGGAUUUGGAGCAGCCCCGCCCCUCGCUGUGAGCUUUCUGUUCCUGCCGGUCACUGUGAAACCCCAGAGCAGUUUUCAUUUGCCAGUCCUAUAACCCCAACCAAUGGGUCCAAGUUUCCAGUUGGCACAUCUUUGAACUAUGAAUGCCACCCUGGGUAUUUUGGGAGCGUGUUCUCUAUCACCUGCCUAGAAAACUUGGUCUGGUCGAGUGUCAAAGACAUCUGUAGACGAAAAUCAUGUGGAGCUCCUCCAGAACCCUUCAAUGGAAUGGUGCAUAUAAACACAGAUACCCAAUUUGGAUCCAUAGUUAAUUAUUCUUGUAAUGAAGGGUAUCGACUCAUUGGUUCCCCAUCUACUGUUUGUGUCCUCUCAGGCAAUAAUGUCACAUGGGAUAAGGAGGCACCUAUUUGUGAGAGUAUAUCCUGUGAGCCACCUCCAGCCAUAUCCAAUGGCGACUUCUAUAGCAACAACAGAACAUUUUUUCACAAUGGAGCAGUGGUAACUUACCGGUGUCACACUGGGCCAGGUGGGGAAAAGCUGUUUGACCUCGUGGGAGAACAGUCAAUAUAUUGCACCACCAAAAAUAAUCAAGUUGGUCUUUGGAGCAGCCCUCCUCCUCGGUGUGUUUCUGUUAAUAAAUGCACAGUGCCAGAAGUUGAAAAUGGAAUUAGAGUAUCUGGAAACAGGAGUUUAUUUUCCCUCAAUGAGAUCGUGAGAUUUAGAUGUCAGCCUGGCUUUGUCAUGCAAGGGUGGGACACCGUGCAGUGCCAGACCAACAACAGAUGGGGACCUGAGCUGCCACGCUGCGUCAGGGUGUGUCAGCCUCCUCCAGAAAUCCCACAUGGUGAGCAAAGCCCAAGCAACAAACACGACUUUUUGCCUGGACAGGAAGUGUUCUACAGCUGUGAGCCCGGCUUUGACCUCACAGGGGCAGCUUUUCUGCGCUGUACACCCCAGGGAGACUGGAGCCCGGGAGCCCCCACAUGUGCAGUGAAAUCCUGUGAUGACUUCCUGGACCAACUCCCUAAUGGCCGGGUGCUAGUUCCACUUAAUCUCCAGCUUGGGGCCAAGGUGUCCUUUGUUUGUAAUGAAGGGUUCCGAUUAAAAGGCAGCUCUGCUAGUCACUGUGUCUUGGUUGGAACGGAUAGCCUUUGGAGUAGCAGCGUUCCUGUGUGUGAACAAAUCUUUUGUCCAGAUCCUCCGGCUAUCCUUCAUGGGAGACACACAGGCACUCCUCUGGGAGAUAUUCCCUAUGGAAAAGAAAUAUCCUACGUGUGUGACUCCUACCCAGACACAGGGGUGACCUUCGACCUCAUCGGGGCAAGCACCAUCCGCUGCACAAGUGACAGUCGAGGGAAUGGGAUUUGGAGCAGCCCCGCCCCUCGCUGUGAGCUUUCUGUUCCUGUCGCAUGCCCACAGCCACCCAAGAUCCAGAACGGGCAUCUCAUCGGACAACGUGCAUCUCCGUAUCUUCCCGGGAUGAUACUCAGCUACGCUUGUGACCGUGGCUACCUGUUGGUGGGAAAGGCCUUCAUUUUCUGUACAGACCGGGGAACCUGGAGCCAACUUGAUCAUUAUUGCAAAGAGGUAAAUUGUAUCCUCCCACAGUUUAUGAAUGGAAUCCGGAAGGAGUUGGAAAUGAGAAAAGUGUAUCACUAUGGAGAUAAUGUAACUUCGGAGUGUGAAGAUGGGUAUACUCUGAAAGGCAGUCCCUGGAGCCAGUGCCAGGCGGAUGACAGAUGGGACCCUCCUCUGGCCAUAUGUACAUCUCGCUCACAUGAUGCUCUCAUAGUUGGCACUAUCUUUGGUAUGACCGUCUUUAUUUUAUUCAUCAUUGUUUUCUCUUGGAUAAUUCCAAAGCACAGAAAAGGCAAUAAAACAGAUGAAAAAUCUAAAGAAGUGAUUAUCCAAUUACAUCCUCAGAAAGGCAACUGCGAUCAUCCUCAAAGUCUGCAAACAAAUCAAGAGAAGAGCAGUGUCCUUGCCUGACAAAGUAUGCUAUGAAGCCGGGAACACCUUGAAUGAAAUGUUGGUUGGAAAGGAGCCAAUUCAUUUCAACAGAGUAAGAUCUGAGAGUCAUAAUGUCGUUGAAGUGAAUUCACAGAGAUGACGUGUACUUGAAGAUGCUGAACCUCUCCCAGCAUCUAGCGAAGCUCCUUCUUCUUUAGGCCACUUUCUUGUGAUACCCUCACCCUCUGUCCUCACGCUAAAAGCACGCAUCAUCUAGUCAGGAGAAAUUCUACAGUUAGGAUACAGAACACAGUUUGGAUUACUUAAAGGAAAACGGUGUCGCCUAGGAUUUCUGGUUUACAAGUUUGUCAUUUUUCCUUAUUUUAAAAUAUUCAUAAUAUGGAAUGGCUUCAUUAAGGAGAAUUGGAAAAUCCAGGAAGAUAUGAAAAAUAAAUAUGUCACAUAUAAUUAUACUACCUAGUGAUAACCACUGUUAAUAAAUUUAUUUUCUGCCAA